UUUCUGGGGGCAUUGACACGCAACGGGGCGGUGCAGAUGUGCUGUCAGGAACCGCACAUGUUGCACAAUCACUGCCGAACAGACCGCUGACAUGCCGGAUAAAGCUUUCUCUGGAUGACUGUUCUCAGCCGUGUGAGCAGAUGAGUGUUUAUGCCAAAUUGCUGCCAACACGAUGGGACAAACCGAGUGAGAUGGCAUGUGGGUGUUCAUGGAGCGAAGUUUAGUCACGGCUUGGAUCUUCCUGCUGGGAGCCGGACUCACUCUGGCCUUCUCUGUUGCAACAACCAAGACCGUCCCUCAGUCGCUGCGGCUCCUCAGCUGUGUGUUCAUACCUCGAAGUAACGUCACCUGCCGCUGGACGCCUGGAGACAAUCAGGCAACGUACUAUACCCUUAAAGCUGAAAAAUUCCCAAGUUCAAAAAGCUCGACAUUCAGCUGUACCACAACCGGGUUGAGCUGCACCGCAGGAAUCAACAGAUCUGGACUGAGGUUCAUGUUUUGCAUCAGCGUCAUAUCGCACGGCAUAAGUAGAAAUGUUUCAUCUAAAAUUCGGUGCCAGUCUGCAAGAAUAGAAGGAAAAUUGGCUCCAGUGAGUUUGGACAGCGUCCAACAAGUUGACGGUUCCCCUCACUGCCUGAGUGUGUCCUGGACAAGUAAUGUGACACAUUUCCCCCUGUCUCCUUCAGAAAUUGAAGCUGGACAGCUGGAUUCUCAAAUAAAGUUUAUAGCAGAGGGAGAGGUAAAUGCUCAGGUCAGGAAUGUGAGUGUAACUGGAUACACUUUCCAGGUGUGCCUCUUCAAGCCAUACACCUUGUAUACGCUUGAGAUUCGAAACCGUUACCUGGGCGAGGCCAGCCCCUGGAGCGAGUGGAGCAACCCAUUUCAGGGAAGGACAGCAGAGGCUGCCCCGUCUGCAGCACCAACUCUCUGGAGGGAGGUGGGACUUAUCGGCAGGAACGGAUGGAGGCUCGUUUCUCUGCUUUGGNAGCCACUGCCUCGCUUCAUGGCCAACGGCAGAGUUGCCUUCUACAAUGUGACUUGUCGGGCAGAGGAUGGUCUGACUCUUAGCGAUUACGGGAGCUGUGGAAAACUGCAGCAUGAAAACACAUCCUGCAGCUUGCCUCUUCCUGCCGGACGUUGCUCAUGUAGCCUGACGGCGUCCACCUCUGCAGGGUCAUCGCCCAAAGCCCUGGUCUGGAUCUCAGGCUCCUAUGAAAAAGAGCCGCUGGCUCCGGCCGAGCUCACGGCCACGCCGCUGGGUGACGACAGCGUGGAGGUUCGCUGGAGGCCUCCGCCAGAUCUGUCGGUGAGCGGCUUCGUGGUGGAGUGGGUUGCAGUCAGAGAGGAAACCAGCAGAGUUCUGUACUGGGAAAAGCUGAAUAGUUCCUCUACCGAGCUGAUCAUCACAGAGGGAGUGAAGACAAUGGAACGUUACGCCGUCUCCGUCAAGGCUCUGUAUGGCGAACAAGGAGCAGGAGGAAAUUUAACGCUCCAUGUUUAUACGCAGGAAGGAACACCCUCAGCUGGUCCUGAUGUGCGGGUGGAGCACAUUUCUGAAAGCUCAGUGGAGCUCAGCUGGAGUCCCGUACCUGUGGAGCAGCUUCAUGGCUUCGUUAGGAGCUACGCCCUCGUUUGCACCACCAGAAACCAGCUGGCAAGGAGUGUAACUGUGCCAGGCGACCUCCACCGCUACACUCUGGAGAAUAUGUCGCCUGGUAUAUACGACAUAUUCAUUCGCGCCAGCACCGGCGCCGGUACUGGUCCAGCUGGGAACCCGGCUAACGUUCACAUUGGCUCUGAGGAAAUAUCGAUAGUGAUCUGCAUCAUCGUUCCACUGCUGCUGAUGUCACUGGUGCCGAUUCUGAUACUCCUUCUGGCUCAGAGGAGAGUGAUAAAGAAGAAGCUCUUCCAUAGAGUGCCAGAUCCUUCUAUCAGCACCGUGUCCCAGUGGAACCCUACAGCCAGCUUCGAGCGCAAGAAGCUGAUUAUGGAACAAGAGAAGCCAGAAGUCAGCUUCCCUAAAGUCAUCAGGAGGCGAGAUCCAGAGCAGGCCCACAGCUACAUACCCAUCUGCAAAACUCAGCUCUGUCUCGACCCGCAGCUCUCCUCUUUCCCAGCCCGAGCAUCAGAUAGAGGAUAUAUCACAAACGUGACCAAGACCCAGUCUGCCAAUGAUCUUUCCAUCAGGCCCUGCAGCUACUCCACUGUCCUCUGCAACCAGUUCAACCAGAACCUGUCGUCCUCUCCUCAGGCCAGUCAGGAAGCCGAUAUGUGCUGUAAUGAUAAUAACCAGCCAGCAGAUGGAGUCAGUGAGUCAUUAGUCAUUUUUCUGGAGCGCCUUAAAAGCCUUCAGUCUUCUUCACCGGACUUCAGCUGUACUCUUCCUUCCUGCGUCUCACUUGCUCACCAGACUGACUCACCGAGGUUAAACUCGACGCUGUCGGCUUAUAGGAAACUUCCGUCUGACAGCUUUGCAUCAACAUUUCCCUCUCUUGCCUUUAUGGAUUUAUCCUCAUCCCCUGUGGAGUUUGGCCCUUACAUCUCCACUGAUCGCUACAUUAAGAUUUAAGAUUAUUUUCUAGCAGGAAGUGUCCAAAAGAUAAUUACAAUGGGGUAUCAUUUUUGAAUAAUAUCUCAGUUUUUAUUUAUUCGUUAAUUUAAACAAAUUAUUUAUACCCUUGUAUCAAUGGAGACGUCUUCAGUGCUUUUUGCUUACCUGCUCUGGUAUUUUUGCUCAUUUAUGUUUCGCAAUGAACUCAAUGUUUUUGAGGCUGUUUGCACCAUUAGUGAAUCAGUCACAUGAGAGCAACCUGAUAAGUUUUGGUCAAAACGUGUUAGCAAAUACUGACUGUAAUUCCUGACUUAUAAUAAUGAUUCUGUCAAAUAAAGUUGUGGAAGUCAACUUCAGAUAAAACAAAAAUAGUUACUGUCUAAAUGUGUCUAGACCUCACAGUGAGAUAUAUAUGUAUAUAUAUAUAUAUUCUCUUAUUGAUGGUUGUAAUAUGUCUUUGUUUUAAAAGACUUGGUGGAAAGCUCGUUAAGUUUACGUCAGCCCAAGUUUCGCUAAACAUUCCAGUCAUUUCUCUAAAUUUAUGAUCACAGAGCUGUGAAAAUGUCGAGUCGCUGCUUUUUUCGGUGUUUGAGCCGUUUUGAAGUUUUUUAAAUGUGAAUAUUUGACUCUUUAUUCCAAGUGGGGCGACAGUGGGAGUUCAUCCUGUAACCGGUCUGAGGAAGACCCUUCACCCGCCUCGCCUCCGUCAGACUGAUCCUAAGCACCACCAGUGUGUGAAUGUGUGUGUGAAUGUAGCUUGAGGCGCUUUGGGUUUGAUUAAGCGCUCUGCAAGUACAGGACAUUUACCGUUUUACUUUAUGUUGGGAAUGAAACGUAUGUCUUAAACUGUAAAUAGCAAACUGUUGUGCCUUUAACUUUCACUCGAAUGUUUAAAACUGCAAGCAGCUGAAAACCAAUCCAGAUCCUUUGUUGAUUGGUGGGAUUUUGUGUUAACAGGUUUGAAACUAAAAUCUUAAUUUAAUAAUCUUAAUAAUUUUGAUGUAACUGUAUUCCAGCACGGCAAGAAGUUGUAUUUAUGUUUCUUGUUUUCUGAUCAAACUUGUUCCGUUUCCUCUUAACAUUGCUGCAUUUUGGAGAGUGACAAAAACCUUUGUCUAGUUUGUAGAUCUGCAAAAGACAAACUGUUGAAGUAAGAUUCAGCUUCAAAGAAAUGAGGCAUGUUUAUUGCAUGUUUUAAAUUUGUGACCUUAUUAAAACAUCUGCCUUGUCCAUAAAGCUUUUCUGCCUUGAAAAAUGUUGACACUGCUUAUUUGACGCCCGUUUUUUACGUAAAGUUUAAAAUAUUUAACAGUAAUUAAAAUGAACUUAAGUGCGAAAAGAAAACAUUACAAAGAGGAACGUAUUUUAGUUACUGUGAUGUAGAAAAAGUUGAAAUGUGUGUUUCUUGUCCUCUACAUUUUGAAGAACUGGUUAAAAGUGUGACCAUGUACAUUUGAAACCAGAUUACAACCUUUUCCUGUUUUUAGUUGAGUUAGAAUUACCAACAUUAUUUCUAUGUUACAUUUAAGUGAUAUAUAUGUAUAUUUUUUUAGAUUUUCUUUUAACCUUUUUGCAUUAAACAUUUCUUGUACAGAUGUUUUACAAACAGGAGGGGUGCGGGUUGGAGUCCCCCCAUUGAUUGUUUAUUCGAUGUUGCAUGACUCUUUGUUUUUGUGUUUAAUGAUGUAAAAGCACUUUGAAAUGCCUUGAUGCUG